AUGAUGCCAGGGGAUCCCAACCAGCCCAACCCCAAAAACUCAUACGCUACCGAGUGUAUCUGCCAGGACAUGAAGGUAAAUACCAUGCAUGUUCUCGUUGUCAUGGUCAUGGUCAUGCCCAUGAUUGUGACCACCGUGGGAGCUGCAUCCAUGAUCAUGCCCGUGAUCGUGAGAAUGGUCAUGCCCAUGCCCAUGUCCAUGGGAAUGAUCGUGGCCAUGAUGGUGAUGAUGGCCGAAAGCCAUCAUACCCACCAUAUUGACAGCCAGGCCAAGGCUGCUCACGACAAAUAA